AUGGAGCUGGAGGAUCAGCUUGUGGUGCUCGAAGGCACGCCAAAUGUGUCGCAGGUAAACUCUCGAGAUAAGGAUAUCGGCGAAGAGUUGGGAGAAAUUCGUAUGCAAUUGUCUUCUCUGGAGAGGGAUGAGAUGGCUAAUACGGUAAGCGAGAUCUUAUUUAGAAUUAAAUGAUUGAAAAAGGAAUUAUUUCGUGAAUAGUUAAGAUAAAAAGUAAAAAAAUUUUUAUUUGCUAGAGUUAUAUAUUUUACUUUUUUUAUUUUACAACUUGUUAUUAAAAAAAUUUACGUGUUCCUAAAGGGGAGCCGACUUCAGUCUGUGUUUUUGAAUUUAUGCAUGACCUAAAGUAAGUUAUUAGAAAAUUAUAGAGAAUUUGAUUUUAUUAUGGUUCAGAGUUUCGAUAGAUAGAGGAAGUUUGUUACGUGUUGUGUUGGGGAAGCCUAAUAAGGCUUUCCCAAUACCAAUUAUAACAAUGAAGCUGUCGCAAAUGGCAUAUGAGGAUGUUAUCCAAAAACCAGAGGUGAUGGAAACAAUCUGUCUAGACUGAAUGAGAAAAAGAUUUGGAGUUAGUGUAAGUUAAGUUUGCUAAUGAAGUUAAUUAAAUUUUUGAAUAAUCUUAGGAUAAACGAAAAAUGGAUACGGAUUGAGAUUGCGAAGUCAUUCGUGGAAAGAAUGCAUGAAAGCAUAUUCAUGGGAGUUUACAUGUAAUAGGAUUCUAAUGAGAAAUAUGAGAAAAAUUUUUUUAAAUUUAUAGGGAUGUACAACGUAAGUUUGGGAUUGCGGAUGAUUUGACUGUGAGGCGUCAUCAGUUAAAUAAAGGGAUCGAUUUCGUAUUCGUUACCAAGGAAGGUAGACGAAUAACGGUGAGUAUGAAUUGUCACGAGUUAAUUAAAUUUUUAGAGUAAUAUGAAGACUGUACCAUAUGCUGAUUUACCUAAAUUUUUCCCAGAUGAAUAUCAAAACUCGUUAGAGGUAAGUAGAAAUUAAUUAAAUCAAUAAAAAUUACAUAAACUAUUAAGUAAGAGUUAUUUAGAAGCAAGCUAGCAAUGCUCGGAGAAUUCGUACAAUGAAUCGAAUUUUUAUGCAAUGGGGAUUUACGGUUGAAUUCAACGGUCAAAAGCUCGGAUUUGCGGGAAAGGCCGACGAGGAAAUUGCCAAGUUUGGAAAACCACCGGUGGGAGGUAUAUAGUUAAAGAAGUUAAUUAUUAAUUAUAUAUAUAAAUUAAUUAUAGGAAAGGAAAUUUUUGAAACGUUGGAUUGAAAAAGUUUUCGACUCCGGAAAAGUGUUGUGAAGGAAAGAAACACAGGGGAUAAGGAGAGAGAAGGCAGUGGAGGUGUGUUAAAUGAAUUAUGAUAGUAAAAAUAAAUAUUAAUUCCUUUAGGAAAGAAGCGGCGUCGUUGGUCAGAUGGAAAUCAAAGUUUGGCGGUCAAAAACGGAAAGAGGAGGUCCGAUGAACGUCGUGGUAAUUCGCGGGAUGAACGUCGUGACGAAGUUUCCGUAAGAGGCCAUCGAAGCUCCUUUGGAAGAGGUGUGAGAAAUUAAAAGUAUAAUGUUUGUUUUGAUUUUUGUUUUAUUCUAUAGGUGUGAAUGUUAAAUGUUCAUUAUACAGUUGUCGUUGGAUGAGUAAAGUAAAGUAAAAGUAUAAUGCAUGUUUUAAUUUUGUUAUAUUUUAUGGGUAUAAAUACCGAUGGUUUAAAGAUAAUAAUAUUUUAUGUCGCGCAGCCGUUUCGGGUCCCAAAAAUGGACGGCUUAGAGGGUGACCCAUCGUCAGCAUUUUACCCUCUUGCUUUAAAUCAAAAAAAUGUUAUAAAAGAUUUUUAGCUAUUAUACCUAAAUUUUUAUACAAUUUUGAAAAAUACAUACGGAUUUUAAUCCUGCCCAAGAGCAUUUCAAAUUCCUAAAAAUUAUGUAGAAUAAUUUGUAAAAAAAUUUAGUGCGAAUUCAUCGCAAUGUCAACCUUCGACGUCCUGAUGUCGAUAAGGUAUGAUUUUUCUAAAAAGCCUUCCGACAUAACACGUGCUAUUUAGCACUCUUCGAGACACGACGUUAUGAAGCGUUUGAGGAAUCAGAUCGGCUCUGCGUGUCAAUUGGCCGACUUGACUGACAUCGGUAUUUUAAAUUUAAAUAUUUUUUUAAAAAUAUUUUUUUCAAUUCACUUAGAUGUACUUAUUUUUUUAAUUGUAGGGCCCGCUGCCAACGCCGACGAGCGCACUGCUUUGGAUACAAUCAAGUUGGAGCUUACUCAGCUACUUGAUGAGAUAUCGCCUUCGCAUUCUCCUCAGGGGUCCGCCACCGAGUCGGACUGA